AUGAUCAUGAUGCGGAGAAUUUCUGAGGCGGUUACGCGCGCGAAAUAAAUACACGACUGGAUGCGUCGGUUUCGACAAAACAUUAAUUAGACGUUCAGAUUCGCGAGCAUACGAAGACGCGAAUGCGUAACGCGCAACCGUCAUUGCGGCUUUCCGAGGUGGACUUUAAAAUCUUAUGAAAGAUUCAUCUUGAUGCUUUAAUUACGUCCAGAUAUUUAAGCGCGAAGAAGUAAAGCCUCUAUAAUUCCCGAAUAUUACACCGAGGUGUCGUCGACCGAGCACGUGAGCGCGAUGAGAGAAACGUUGAUGCGCGAGGCCAGCGUCGUUAUCUGCAGCGGAUCUGCAGUUCCCGUAAUCAGCCGGGCCGUCGGCGCGAGGUGGAAAUAUUAAUUUCUGAAAGUAUGAUAAUGGAGUGAAAUCCGGCGGCUGACUUUCCUUUUGACGCCGCGCGGCCGCCGCGUCGUCGCUUCGCUUCGCGCGAUCCCGUGACAAGAAGGAAAGAAAGAAGGAAAGGAACUGCGCGAGAGAUUAGAAAGACGACCACGAUCAAACUGUGAUUUCGUAAAAUUUCACAAUCUCUUUGUGACUUUACCUCAAUUCCGCGCUGCAUUUUGAUUCGCUACUUUGAACAUGUCCAGUGUCCGAGUACGAAGUUUUUAUCCUACCUUCGACCUUAAUAUUCCAUUCAACACUUAUUUUGAUAUUCUGAAACCUACACGGAGACCAUGAAUAUAGUAAAAACAGUAAAAAUUACCAUAAUGCAGUAAAAUUAUCAUGUUAUUAUGGUCAUUUUUAUUAUGUUUUAUUAUAAUUUUUGUAAUAAAACCAGUCUAUUGCCGGACUACUAAAAUUGUAUUGUAAUUUUUACUACAAUAUUUUCUCCGUGUAUAUCAACCUUUUUCCAUUCUAUUUAACUUAUUAGUUUUAAACAAGUCUUCCUUAGAAUUUAAAGUGGUAUUUUAUACGUUUUCUGCCAUUUACAGACGCUAUAUAUGGCUUUAGUUUCCAUAUGUAUCGAACGUGCACUGAGAGAAAAAUGGUUGAUCUAAUUAAAACUAUAGUUAUUUUUGGCUCCAAUAUUUUUUGUGGUGAAAUUGUAAUAGUAAUAUACAUUAUCAUUACUAACAGUAGAGUAGAGUUUAAUAAAAAAAUUAGCUUUCUCUUGACUAUAAUUUAUAAUAGUUAUUUUUCUCUAUGUGAUUAUAUAUAUAGUUACAAAAACCAAACAUUUUUUUCUCAGUAUAUAUUGAUCCUUCAGAAUAUAUAGAUGUUGGAAAGCAGAGGUCGAAAAUAUGUUAAAAUUUCGACUUGUGAUUUCGAAGUGUGAGUGAUUGAAUUCGUAUCAAUCUAAGAGUAACGUGUCAUCUCUCCCAUAAUUUAAUAAUAACAUACUCCCGCACUAAUCGGGAUUUUUCGAUCACGUCUCAACGCAUAUCUCACACUGAGAUAUAUACAUGCCGUUUCUUCGUCGAUCUUUUUUUGCCAAGAAUACCGCGAACUCGUUUAAUGGAAUCAUCCUUUUUUUUUAUUGCCCCGAGGUCAAAUUCCACUCGCAAGUUGAUUUGAAUUUGCUAGUAUUGAAACGAGAGACUGCAUACGGUGGAAAUAAUCAAUGAUGUUUCUCUUUUUCAAACGACAUGUGUUUCAAAUGAUUUUGCAAGUGAGAGUUCGUUUUGUAUACACGAGCGAGGGCCAGCCGCGCGCGACUAGUGUAUACACAAUAAUAUUUUCAUUUUGCACGAAAUUUCGGUUUAUCGUCGCGAGAGAGAGAGAGAGAGAGAAUGCGCUCUUUAAUUACAGUUACCAACGAACGCGAAUGCAUUCCACUGGUUGGCGGAUCAAAAUUCCAAAUCGCGCUUAUUCAUUCGCGUUCGCAGCGGCGAAUGUGAUACGUCAGCGCGGGACAAUAACGAAGAAGAUGUACAUAUUCGCGUCUUGCGUUCGCCGGCAGCGCUAAAUACGAGCGUGUAAUAUCGCGAGGCACGAUAACAAUGAGCACGAGUUGUAUGCUGGGAAAAAAAUAAGGAUUCGGAAUCUCGUUUAAUCACACGCGUUCAGCGCUGUGGAUAUACGUGUGGGAGUGUAUGCGUACAGGAUGAUACGCGCGAAUACACUAUGGAGAAACGACGACAGCGUAGCGCAUAGUGUGGCGUGUGGAAGGGCGGCAACAGCAGGGGAGGAUGGAGGGAGAUGUAAUGACAGCUGCUGCAGCACGGAGCGUAGGCCGUGUUUCGUUACGAAACGGAGCGCAUGCUAAAGACACCAAGGUCCGCUCGCGCUCUGCGUUUAGCGUCGCGUUUAAGCGCUAAAUGGAGCCGCUCGAUUCAGAGUUUUAUUCGACUAAUGGGGAUCAAUGUCAACGCGCGAACGAGAGAACGGAGUACGGAAAAUCUCGUUGAAAUCGCGGUCUUCAACGGUGAAGAGGAAGGGCUGGGGGUAUUCAGCCGCGCGCGUCUUCAAUAACGCGUCGACGGCGUUAUCAGCUGUCAAAACAUUUCGCGCGCACAACAAACAAUAAAUAGACGAGGGAAACGACCUCGCUACGGUGUCCUCGAGUUAGGACACCACCGCUGAUGCGCUUUGGCGACAGGAAAUGAAGUACAAAUUAUUUUCGGACUUUGUCCCCUGUUCCUCCUCCUCCUCCUCCUCCCCCGUUCUAUUUUUCUCUCUCUCUCUUUCUUUCUUCCUCUCAUUCCCAAGCCACAGAAUAACAUUGGCCGUUCUACUUUGAACACAUCGAACGAGUAGCAUCGCGAGAGAGAGGUCGCGGCGCAAGAGAGGGGGAUAUUUUCUGUUUCGAAACAUGCUCGACGAAAAGUUUCACUUCGCGCGAAUUCACAGACCAAGAGAUUCACGUCCGAGCGCACGAUACAUCUCGCAAUUUUCACAACGAUGUCGCGGCGCAAAAGCUCGCGAGACGCGAACGGAGCAGGAGAAUAAGAACGAGAAGGAGGCGGAUACGAAGGAAAUGUAAAAGUACAAAGGAGAAGAAGGAGAGAAAGACAGAGAGGAUGUUGUGAGAGAGAAAUGAAAAGCAAAACGAGGCGACGAGGAAAGAAAGAAAGAGAAUUUUCCACUGCGUUCACCGAGAGGACGACGCAGGACGCGGGAGCUGGUGUGAAAUUUGACAAGAAGCGUUUUCGACAUGACGCGGAAAGAUUUCAAUAUUCUUUUCUCUUGCAGAUGGUAAAAUCUACCGCGAGUAAUACAUCUAUAAAGGAAACAAAGACACAUACACAAGAGCAAGUAUUAAAGCUCAAUGAAGAAAGUAAUGCGAAAAGAAAACAUUUGGAAGAUGAGGAUGAAGACAUUGAUGAGUUAACUCUGCUGAAUGGACUGUCAAUACCGAAAGAUGGAAAUGUUUCAGCUUUUAAAAAACGUAAAAAGAUUGCAACUGCUGAUAAAAUGCUCAAGUUAGAACAGGAAAAGAUAAAUCAUCUGAGGAAUCUGAAUCGUAUUUCAGUCACAGGUAGUCAUGUGCCUAAAUUAAUAACAGAUUUUGAGGAAUUGAAAACAAACUAUCGAGUACCAGAAAAUUUGAUAAAUAAUCUGAAAACAUGUAACUAUAAUUAUCCAACACCAAUACAAAUGCAAGCAAUGCCAGUUUUGUUAGAGGGUAGACAAAUACUGGCUUGUGCUCCAACAGGAUCAGGAAAGACUGCAGCAUUUCUGCUACCCAUAAUUUACAGCCUACGUGGGCCACAGAAGAAAGGUUUCCGUGCUGUCAUUUUAAGUCCAACAAGAGAAUUGGCCAAGCAAACAUAUAGAGAGUGCCUGAGAUUGAGUGAUGGUUGUGACUUUAGGAUUCACAUAAUUAACAAAACUAAUCAAGCUCUUACCAAAUAUGGACCAUCAAGUUCACAAAAAUAUGAUAUUUUGGUAACUACACCAAAACGACUGGUUUUUCUUCUGAAUCAGGAUCCUCCAGCUAUUUCAUUGAAUAAUGUAGAAUGGUUGAUUGUGGAUGAAGCUGAUAAACUCUUUGAAGAUGGCAUACGCGGAUUUAAAGAGCAAUUAGAUGAGAUUACAAGAGCUUGUACCAAUGAGAAUCUACAUCGUGGUAUGUUUAGUGCAACAAAUACACCCACAGUAUCGAGAUGGUGUCGUCGUAAUAUGAAAGGGCUAAUAACAAUAACGGUUGGACAAAGGAAUGCGGCUACAGAUUUGGUGGAACAAGAACUUGUAUUCGUUGGUAGUGAAAGGGGCAAGUUGGUAGCAUUUAGAAAUAUUACUCAGAAAGGUCUAGCACCACCUGUCUUGGUGUUUGUGCAGAGCAAAGAGCGAGCUCAAGAACUCUUCAAUGAACUCAUUUACGAUGGAAUUAAUGUGGAUGUUAUUCACGCCGAUAGAACAUUAACACAACGAGAUAAUAUCGUGCGUUGCUUUAGAGAAGGUAAAAUUUGGGUGUUAAUUUGCACAGAGCUCAUGGGUAGAGGCAUAGACUUUAAAGGAGUAAAUCUUGUUGUGAAUUAUGACUUCCCACCGUCCGCCAUUUCUUAUAUCCACAGGAUAGGUCGCACCGGUCGUGCUGGUCACAAAGGAAAAGCAAUAACAUUUUUUACCCAACAAGAUACGGCGAAUUUAAGGAGUAUCGCGACAGUUAUGCGUGCGUCUGGAUGUCAUGUGCCGGACUAUAUGUUAGCUAUGAAGAAACAUAGUAAAAAAGAACGACGUAAGCUCGAGCGCACAGCCCCCACGCGUGAAAGAAUACUAACUGUGCCCACAUACAAGCGACACAAGCGAAAAUCGCACGUAGAACAGAUAUCAGAGACGGCAUAGGAGGACGGCAUAAAGAUGUGAACACGAUGCUUGUGUACUUUAUCGGACGUGAUGUAAAUAUAAUAAUUGGGCUGGGGUCUGAUAACCGGCAUAACAGAUCUGAGCAUCAUCAUGGAGAACACAUCGCCGUUGCUGGUGAACAGUCUGAUCUUCGUAAAACUGAUCAACUAUUUCUUUAAUAAGUAUAAA